AUGGCUAACCCUGUCCCGUCAGCCUGCUGCGUGGUGCUCGCCGCGGUGGUGGUGGUGUACGCCCAGAGACACAGCCAACAGGACAGCCACAUCCAGUAUGAGCGGGUAGGUGCAGAUGUGACCAUGAAGUGUGGCUCCAUGGACUGGGACGCAGCUGUGACCUGGACAGCCAACGGCACCGACAUCGAUGAGUCCCACCUGAACGGGUCCUACCUGAUCCUGAAGAAUGUCGACCUGACACAAAGCGGCCAGUACUCCUGCUACGAGGGCUCCUCCUGGCACCUCAAAUACCAGACCUACCUGAGGGUGGGAACCCCGCCGAAGGACCCAGUGCUGAUGUGCCGGUCCAACAACUACCCGAAGGGUUUCUACUGCAGCUGGCACCUGCCUACUCCCACCUACAUCCCCAACUCCUUCAACAUCUCCGUCGUACACGGCACGAGAGAGAUGGUCUGUGAGAAGGAUGUCUUUCCCAAAAACAGGUGUCACAUCAGAUACCUCCAGCUCUUCUCGACGGUGAAGUACAAGGUGACUCUGACAGUCACGAAUGCUCUGGGCAAAAACUCCACCACUCUCACCUUUGACGAGUUCGCCAUAGUAAAGCCGGACCCUCCAGAGAGCGUGGUCGCCAAACCUGUGCCCAAUAACCCUCGGAGGCUGGAGGUGUCAUGGCAAAACCCCUCGUCCUGGCCGGACCCCGAGUCUUUCCCACUCAAGUUCUUCCUGCGGUAUCGGCCUCUCAUCCUGGACCAGUGGCAACACGUCGAGCUGUCAGAUGGGACAUCACACACCAUCACGGAUGCCUACGCUGGCAAGGAGUACAUCAUCCAGGUGGCAGCCAAAGACAACGACAUCGGCACGUGGAGCGACUGGAGCGUGGCUGUCCAUGCCACCCCCUGGACGGAGGAGCCCAAGCAUCUCACCACGGAGGCCCAGGUGACAGAGACAACGAGCGCUAGCACCUCCUCUUUCAUGCCGCCCCCCACCACCAAGAUCUGCGACAAGGGGGCCGUGGUGGGCAGCGGGGCCGUGGCAGUGUGUUGGACAGCUGGACUGGUCUUGGCUGCCUAUGGUGUCCUGUUUAUUUAG